AUGGCGAAAACAGACCGUCCCAACACCAGCGACACGAACCAAUCUUUAGGGUACCAACAAGAGCUGGGAAUCCCACGCCCUCCCUCAGUGGGAGGGAUUUCAUCCCGCGUGACAGACCUUGCCUCGGAAGAUGGCGAGCAGUCGCCAUCCUUUACGUCGCCGCCGCCGCCACUCCAGCAGCGUCCCUCUGUCUCCAGGCGCGGCCCACCCCCGACGCGGAAUUCCGUCACCGCGUCUAGCCAGACAAAUCGACCUGGCAGCUCAGGAAGUCGACUAAGCCGAACUCAUAUUCCGUCUCUGGCGGCACAAGCAUUUUUUCGACCGAUGAGCUCGCAACGACUGCAGGCACAUAGAGGAGGCCGCCCCAUGACCAAAGGAACCGUAUCCUCUACCGAUGACUGGAACGACCAAGCAAGCCAAAAUCGACGAAGUCUGAUUUCGAAUGGCACCCUUCCGCAGGGAUCUAUUCCCCCGGCAGAAAUGGAAGUUCCGCCAUCAAGAGGCACGGAAUUUACGGACCCGAUCAUUUCAGACAGGAACACCUCCAACGCUAGCCCCACCGGCGAAACUACUAUCCGGAGCCUGGGCGAAAGCGUCCGACUUCUCAGGGACCGGGAUCAAAGUCAUCAACCACACCCCGGUCGUCUGAAUCUUAGUGCGAAUUAUAAUGCACAAAACGCGCAAGACACGCCGCCGAAGUCCCCGCUAUCCCUUUUUGUCAAUGCAGAACAAGAAUACCGCGCGCAAGGAUCCAGGUACCCGUCAAGAUCGAGCGUCCUCGGCUGGUUCUUCGCCGUUGCCCCUCGACAUGAAGAAAGAGCGUUCCCCCAGAGGGCUCCUUGGCUGUGGCAUAACAUUUCCCCUGCCAUUCCUAUUCUCUUUGCCUACGUGUUCUACGUGUGCUUCUCUUCGUUUGUGCAUGCAUCUGUCGUUGAUCCUGGGAUCAUGCCUCGGAAUGUCCAUCCCAUGCCCCCCGCGGAUCCCUCCGAUGACCCUUUGACGCUUGGCCCGCCCACGAAUGACUGGGUGAUGGUCAAACUCGCCACGUCCGAUGUGGCUGCCAUGGACGUGCCCGUGAAAUACUGCAAGACUUGCAAUAUUUGGCGGCCUCCGCGCUGCUACCAUUGUCGUGUGUGCGACAACUGUGUUGAAACCCUCGACCAUCACUGCGUGUGGUUGAACAAUUGUGUCGGCCGUCGCAACUACCGCUACUUCUUUGCUUUCGUGAGCUCAUGCACCAUCCUGGCCUUGUUCUUGAUCGGGGCCAGUCUCGCGCACAUUUUGGUUUAUAUGUCCCGCGAGGGCGUGUCUUUCGGAGCCGCGAUUUCAAAAUGGCGCGUGCCUUGGGCCAUGGUCAUCUACGGCGUGGUUGCAGUCCCGUACCCGACCUCGCUGUGGGCGUACCAUCUGUUUCUUGUUGGGCGCGGCGAAACCACGAGAGAAUACCUCAACUCGCACAAGUUCGCUAAAUCUGAUCGCCACCGACCCUUCACCCAAGGUAAUGUCGUGAAGAACUGGCUCACGGUCUUUGGACGACCUCGGCCCCCGACAUACAUGCAGUUCAAUCGCCCUUAUGAGGAGGGCGACCAGCGCUUAGCCACGCAGAAGCGCAAGUAUCGCGUCCCGGAUGUCGAGGCUCAGGCGGGGAUUGAGAUGCAGCAUGUUGGUCCUCGUCAGGGCUGA